AUGCAUCGCUUUCCAAAGCCCCAGCGUCUUGACUUUGAUAAAGCCAUCCAGUACCCAGCUGAGAUAAAAAAGUUGAAGGAGAGCCUGGGUUUCAUGGCUGAGGAUGAGGAAGAGUCCUCCAUUUCUUCUACUUCUUUAAGUGAUGUGCCCUCUCCUGCUCUUCUUUCUCUCUCCCACUCUUCUUCAUCUUCCUCUCUUUUGACUUGGAGCAACCCGGAUGAGGAUGGCCCUGCUAUUGGGGUGCCAAGUGCUCCCCAGAGCCCCCAGGGUGCCUCUUCCUCCGUUUCAUGUAAUAUGUUAGAUGCAGAGCCCAUCAAUGAAGCAGUGGAAGAAAAUUCAAGCAGCCCAGAGUUAUCAAUAGACAUUGACUCCAUCGCUGAUGACCUGUUAGGAGGAAAGGUCACUGAGCUGGUGCAUGCCCUGAUCCUGAAGUAUCAGCUGAAGGAACCCAUCACAAAAAUGGAAAUGCUCCAGGUUGUCACUGAAGAGUAUGAAAAUUGGCUCCCCGUGAUCUUAGAGAAAGCUUCUUCAUGCUUGGAGAUGUUUUUUGGUAUUGAUGUAAUACAAACAAAUGCCAGCAGCCACCUUUAUGUCCUCGUGAAUUCACUGGGCCUUACUUACGAGAUGGUGCCGAAUGAUGAGCACAGCAUGCCAGCAAAUGGCUUCCUGAUAUUGAUCCUGGGAGUGAUAACCAUAGAGGGGGACUGUGCCACAGCCGAAGAGAUCUUGGCAUUCCUGGAAAUGAUUGGAGUGCAUGAGGGGGAGAAGCACUUCAUCUACGGGGAGCCUAAGGAGGUCAUCAAAGAUUUGGUGCGACAAAAUUAUCUGGAGUAUCGUCAGAUUCCUAGCAGCGAUCCCCCAUGCUAUGAGUUCCUGUGGGGUCCACGAGCCAAGGCAGAAACCACCAAGAUGAAAGUUCUGCAAUUUAUGGCUAAAGUCAAAGGAACUGAGCCCAGUUUCUUCCGCGAUUCUUACAAGGAAGCUUUGAGAGAAGAGGAAGAGAGAGCGCAGGCUGCGGUGGGUACUGCAGCUAGUGCCUCUGCACAACGUUAUUGA